AUGCCGUCACUCGCCGCGAUAAACGAGAACUCAUUCAUGUUCCCGUUUGCAACUAAGUGGUCAGUAAUGGGAAUGAACUACAAUAGGUUGCCUACUAAUGAACAGAAGGAGAAACCUACUCAAUCUGCAAAAUCUCUUUCUAAUUGGUCUGGUGGUUCUCAGUAUUCGUCAGUAGAAACGUUUGUUCAUAAUGCGAAAUGUAUGUCCUUAAGUCAGUUCUGCAAAAUCAAACAUGAAACUUUAUGUGUUACUGUAGCAACCACAUUGAAAUUUGUUGUCUCAAAGUAUGGAUGGUUUUAUUAUGGCUGCACAAGGUGUUCUUCGAAGGCACCUAAUCCUGAAAAAGCUUAUGAAUGUUCAUGUGGGCAAAAAGUCGAACAGCCUAUACCAAGGUACAAGAUUGAGAUAUAUGUUAGCAAUGGUGAAUCAAAAUAUCAAUUUGUAUUCUGGGAUUCCGAAUGUGCUGCUAUACUUGGAAUGACUGCUGAAUUUAUGCAUAACUCUAUGGUGGAGAAUGGAGAAGAUGAUCCAAUGGUUUAUCCUGAUGAGCUUGAAAUGUUGUUGAAUAAGAAAAUGGCUUUUAGAGUUAAGGUGCAUCCAACGUUUUCCCAAGCGUCUGUUUGGAAGCUUUGUGAUGAUGAAGCCUUUGUUAAAGAGAUUGAAAAUGACUACAUAGUAGAAGACAAUCAGUCUAAAACUGAAUAUGCAAAGUUGGUCCCUAACAAAGAAAAUUUGGAAACUUCCGCACAAACAUUAUCUGCAUCUGGUGAAAAUGAUCCAGAAUCAAUCAUUCUAAUGACUCCGGCUAAGGAUGUUGUAAUUGCUGACAAGGGUGAAGAAGUUGAUUUUGAAGCGUCUGGCGCUACGCAAUUAUCAGGCACCAAACCAUCCAAGAAAUUAAAGAUAGAACCAUCUUCUUAAUUAGAAUUUUCGGAAAUUUGAUAUUGAAAUAUAUUUUAUGAACU